ACAUGGUAGCCUGCAGGGUCCCGCUGGAUUAUUGUAGAGCUUAACGAUUAUUUUAACCUUAUGAGUUUAUUAUCAUUGAAAGAAAAGGAAUAAAGCAUGCUUCAGUUGCUCAGUUGUAGAGCAAACAUCACUGCUGCACCACUGCGGUCAUUGUCGUUGCACUGCCGGUGCAGUAAAAGUGCAGAUUUGAGGAAGUUUUCACGGUGGUAUACAUCCCCAGGGUCUAAUGCAUUCAGCUCCUCACAGCAGCGUGGCGGUGCUGUCAGUCGCAUUUGGAGCCUGACUCGGAGAGCUGUCCGUCAGUCCACCACCAGGACAUCCAAACCCCCGGGAGUAGCUUUGAAGUUUAUCCUGGGACCAGCAGUACUUACUGUUUCAGCGCGACUGUUUUGCCCUGUAGCUCACUGUAAGGCAGAUGUGAAUAACAAUGCCCCUGUGGAAGCUGUAGCCAAAAACCCAGUGCCUGAGUUCAAAUGGCAUGUCCUGUGGGAAUUUGUAAAACCUCAGCUGUUCGCUCUUGUCGCUGCUGUUGUGCUCGCUUUUGGUGCAGCUGUCUUGAACAUUCAAAUCCCCUUGAUGCUUGGUGAUCUGGUAAAUGUUGUGGCACGCUACCUGAGGGAGCAUACUGGGAAUUAUGUCCACGAGAUAAGAGGUCCAGCCCUGAAAUUACUUGGACUGUAUGGUAUCCAGGGCCUGCUGACAAGUGGGUAUAUUAUCCUGCUCUCGAGGGUGGGGGAGAGAGUGGCAGCAGACAUGAGAAAGACCCUUUUUGCAUCCUUACUGAGGCAAGAUGUGGCUUUCUUUGAUGCCAAUAAAACUGGACAGCUGGUGAAUCGUUUGACUGCUGACAUUCAGGAGUUCAAGUCAUCCUUUAAAUUGGUUAUUUCUCAGGGUCUACGGAGUAUUACACAGACAGUCGGAUGUUUUGUCUCUCUCUAUGUCAUUUCUCCAAAACUCACAGGUUUGACAGUAAUCGUCCUCCCCUGUCUCGUGGGAGCAGGUGCUCUCAUUGGCUCAUUCCUUCGCAGACUGUCCCGCUUGGCUCAAGAGCAGGUGGCAAAAGCGACAGGGGUGGCAGAUGAGGCACUUGGUAAUGUGCGCACAGUAAAAGCCUUUGCGAUGGAGGAACGAGAGCUCCAGUUAUAUGCAUAUGAAGUUGACAAAUCAUGUGAAAUGAAUGAAAAUCUCGGUACUGGGAUUGCCAUUUUCCAAGGAUUGUCAAACAUUGCCCUGAACUGCAUUGUCCUUGGAACGAUUUUUGCUGGAGGGACUUUAAUUUCAAGCAAUGAAAUGUCUCCUGGAGACCUCAUGUCUUUCUUGGUUGCUUCUCAGACUGUUCAAAGGUCUUUGGCCAGUAUCUCCAUCCUUUUCGGUCAGGUGGUGAGAGGAAUAAGCUCUGGGGCUCGGGUUUUUGAAUACCUUGCUUUGCAGCCUACUAUUCCCCUGUCUGGAGGAGGACGCAUCCCGUACCAUUCACUGACGGGAAGAGUAGACUUUCUAAACAUCUCGUUCAGUUAUCCAACAAGACCUGGUCAUCAAGUCUUGAAGAGGUUCAAUUUGACACUACCCCCGUGUAAAACAGUUGCCAUUGUUGGAGAAUCUGGCGGAGGAAAGUCCACAGUGGCAUCCCUGCUGGAGCGUUUUUAUGAUCCUACCAGUGGUGUAAUCAUGUUGGACGGGCUCGACAUUCGAACGCUCGACCUUUCCUGGCUCAGGGGCCAAGUUAUUGGAUUCAUCAAUCAGGAGCCAGUUUUGUUUGGAUCAUCUAUCAUGGAGAACAUCCGCUUUGGGAAGCCUGAGGCAACAGAUGCUGAGGUCAUUAAUGCAGCAAAGCAAGCCAAUGCUCAUGGCUUCAUUACAGGUUUCCCAGAUGGCUAUAACACCGUGGUCGGUGAGCGAGGUGUGACAUUAUCAGGUGGCCAGAAACAGCGCAUUGCCAUUGCACGCGCCUUGAUCAAGAACCCCAGUAUCCUGGUGCUGGACGAAGCCACAAGUGCUCUGGAUGCAGAAUCAGAGCGAGUGGUGCAGGAGGCUCUGGACAGGGCCACAAGGGGUCGCACUGUGCUCAUCAUCGCCCACAGAUUAAGCACCAUCCAAGGGGCUGACCUGAUCUGUGUCAUGAGCAAUGGCCGUAUUGUGGAGGCUGGGACACAUGUGGAGCUGCUGAGCAAAGGAGGAUUUUAUUUUGAUCUGAUCCGCAGGCAAAGAGCUGAGGGGCAAAAAUAAACACGCCCACAUUUGUUUACAGUAGAUAUACAGUACUGUAUAAUCAUGUUUAUUAUGAAAUGCAUAGGGAAGACAUGUAUGAACAAUGAAUUAUUUCAAAUGUAAUGUAAAUUUACCAGCUCUCUGACUAGUUUUAUGGCAACUUACAAAUAUAUAUAUGAACAAGUGGACCAAUGUGGAUUAGCCUGUGAUGAAACAAAUUAGACUACUGUAUGGUCUUUAACUUAAAUGGGACAUUGUUAUUUCUAAUGUCACUGACAGAACCAUAAAUAAUAUGCUAGAAAAAUUAUUAAAAUUACUUUUGAUGAAAGUAAAAUGUUUUUUAACCCUUUGUGAAUGACAAUAAACAGUUUUUUUUUUUUGUCAUAAAUAUGUAAGAAACUAAACACAGACCCUUGUUAAUGAGAGGUACUGACAUCCUAAAAUUAAACUCUUUAUGAUCUGACACCUGGGAAUGAAUUACUGUUUUGG